AUAGCUGUAUUCCAUAUUUUAUCUAUAUACGUAGCCCAGUUAUUCUGUCGAAAUGGGGUCAAGAAAGAUGUUGGUAGUCUGGGUACUCGUUCUAACCGCAGUGGGUUCGGACUGUGUCCCCCUCCAGGCAGGCCGUACAUUACAUACUGUGUCCAGAGAUGUAGCGGAUCCUCCGUCCCAUCAAUUGAUGGACUUCCGUCGCAGGAAUCACGUGCACAGUUGUCGUAUAUGUCCGUUUAUUCCCGGAGCACGUGUAAUGUGUGUGCACUAUCAACAAGAGUGCGACGUUCACGAGGACCGCUGUUUCAGGAGCCUAGGAGUCCAAUCAAAUUUUCACGGGUUUAGUUAUACCAAAAUAGAUUAUGACGGCAGGGAGGCUUGGGCCAGAACGGAAACAACUGUGCGAUCAUGUGCACAAGGAAGCCAUGGCGAUGGUUCCGUCACUUAUCAUCCCAUGCUUACACACACGCCAUCUGUUGAAACGACGACCACGCCGAUGAAGUUAGCCUUCCAGACAGUCCAACCUCCAUCGAAUACUGCACAUUCGGUACAUGCUGCUUUGAUGUCUAAUAUGGGAGUGAACACUCACGAAGGAGUCCUUAUAAUCACUGUUGACGGCAUAGAUCACGUGGCCUGUGCGGACGGAUGGACAGAAGAAAACAGUCGAGUCGUUUGUAAAACCAUUGGAUCUCCUCAAGGGUACGUAGCGUCACAUCGGGCCGUACAGGACUACGGAAUACCCGUGCUUAGUGAACAGGUCACUUGUAAUGGAUUGGAGCUGGAUCUGUCUAUGUGUCCGCGUCACAGACAGACACACUGUCCCAACAACCGCAUCAUACAAGUCACGUGUACCGUUACAGCGCCAUUGUAUGUGAGCUUGGUGUCCAAUACCGGAGCGAGAACGCAUGAGGGCAUCCUCAUCAUAACUACAGGAAGCAAAGAUCAUGUGACCUGUGCGAACGGAUGGACAGAAGAAAACAGUCGAGUCGUUUGUAAAACCAUUGGAGCACCUCAGGGACACAUAACGUCACACCAUGCCUUCCAGAACUACGGAAUACCUGUGUUCAAUGAACAGAUCGCAUGUAAUGGAUGGGAAAGGGACCUGUCCAAGUGUCCGCGUCACAGGGACUACACACAGACACAAUGCCUCAAUAAUUACGUCAUAUACGUCACAUGUUCGGUUCCAGCUUCUACAGUUCUACCACCAUCGACCACUCAAACCUCAACCACCACUCCAACCACUACAACUCCAGCCACUACUUCAACCACUCCGACAACUACAAUAACAACCACUACCACUCCAACCACCACUUCUACCACUCCGACAACUACCACUACAACCACUCAAACAACCACUUCGACCACAACUAGGACUACACCCACUACAAGCUCACCAACCACUACAGGACACUGGAUAAACUUCGGCGGUGGCAAAGUCACCUCAACAUCGACGCCCCCGCAAUCCGGAUGGGUACCUUUUGGAUAACCACGGACAAAGAGACGGGACGUGGAAGGAAAUACAAAUGAUCGAUACUUAUCGUUACAGUUUUAAAUAAAAACAGUAGAAACUGAUUUGUUCACUGUCUAUGGGAUCCUUAUCAUAACUACCGGAGGCAGAUA